GUCCCGUUGACUCCGCAACCAGACGAAGACGACGACGAAGCUAUAGACAUUGACAACGUGGACGAUGAAGACGCAGACCCCAGCGUACAGGCGGACAGUCCAGAGGGCGGCGACGACGACGAGGUGGGAGAGGGCAGUACACCAGCGAGAAGGCCGCGUGGGCGUCCACGAGGGCGGCCGCGGGGCUCUGGCGCAGGAACCCCGCGCACGCGCGGACGAGGGCGCGGCCGAGGACGUGGGCGGGGACGAGGUAUAACUAUCAAACUCCCGAAGCGUGGCGGGGAUGAAGAGGUGGAAAUGCCUGAGCUCCCAGAGGGCGCCGAGGGAUACAUCCAGGAGGAGAGCGAGGGUCCUAUGGGUGGCGGAAGGCCCUUCAAGCGCAUACAGGGCAAGAUAUACAUCAUGGACGGGGACGAGUACAUCACCGAGGAUGACCCCAAGGGCGACACGAAGAUUGACAAGAACGGUGACUUGCUUGGUGGUGAGAGAUUUAAGGCGCAAACAUUUGUGCUACCAAAUCGACACCCCGAACGCAAGUAUAUGCUUGCCAUUGACGCGGCGCGCACGUCCGGCUUCCGCGACUCGCUGUACUACUUCCGCCGGAAUCCUCUGGCACUGAAACAGAACGCGUCGCAGUGGGAAAAGGAGCACCUCAUCGAGCAAGGGAAGCUCGGCUCACAUCUGAAGACGCGAAGCGUAACCCUUGUCACUGCGCGCAGCGCGUUCAAGCUACACGGUGCUAAAAUGCUGCUUGGGGGGAGAUGGGUCGUCGACGACUACUACGAGGACAAAGUCCUUGAAGAGAUCACCGCCAAAGGCCUCAAGCCGGGAGACUACGUUGGGGAACUCCAAGACCCCUCCGCGGCUGCCAACGAAGCUGCCGCGCUCGCUGCAGGCACCUCGGGUGGCGGAGCGCAAGGUGGCAAGGGUGAUCGUAGUGGCGCGGUGCUCGGUAUAUAUCGCGCCGGCGGGCCCACUACGAUCUUCGGCGGCUCUGGGUGGGGCCCGUACAGCGACGGCCCGCUAAACGCAGUGCGCAAGUCGUACCUCACACGCGAUGGCGUGAACGAGGAGAACUGGAUGUAUGCGGCGGCGGAGCGCACCGUUGAGGCCACGAGCGACUGGACCCGGCUACGACAGGAGAACCUAAAGCUCGCCGGGGGUAUCUACGGCGACGUCGUGGGGACCGAGCGCGGUGAGAAGCGUGAGGCAAUGGAUGCACCGCAGAGUGAGGGCAGCAGGAAGCGGCGUGCGAGGGAAAGCGAAUUGCCUCUUGGCGUAUACGAGCCGCAGACAGGUCUUCUCUUCUACCGCUCGGACACACAACCUACACAAGCCCGUUGGGAGGCGCUUCCACCCCAAGGUGAGAAGCGGCAGGUACUCGGCGGCGCCAAGGUCGGCGGGGGCGCGUGGGGUCUCGCAUGGGUCGAUACUACGAUGGAGGUGCCAGAGACCAUUGAAGACCGAUGGGCGCGAGAGAGGGCACCGUACCAGGAUCUCAUAUCCCUACCUUCGUGAUCGUGUCUGCAGGCGAUGAGACUAGCUACUAGCGCGAUCGGACAUUGUACUGUACAACCUC